UCGUGAUGUUUGGUGGUUAUGAGUCUAUAGAAGCAUAUGAAGAUGACCUUUAUCGUGAAGAGUCAUCUAGUGAGCUGAGUGUUGAUAGUGAGGUGGAAUUUCAGCUUUAUAGCCAAGUUCAUUAUGCUCGAGAUCUUGGUAAUGCCAUCAGGGAGGAAGAACAUGAAGAAAAGAACUCUGAGGAUUCUGAAUCAUUGAGUAAACCAAAUCAGAAGAAUCUAAUUGUCCUUUCGGAUAGUGAAGUCAUCCAGCUCUCCGAUGGGUCAGAGGUGAUCACUUUGUCUGAUGAAGACAGUAUUUACAGAUGUGAAAGAAGGAAUGUUAGAGUCCAAGCACAAGGAAAGACCCGUAGUUCUGCUUCUUCUCUUCCUUCAAAGGAGUUGGCUGGUAAGAAAUGCAGGAGGAAUAUUGAGAAGCCUAAACCUGAAGAGAGAUCAAAUGUGAUCCAAGAGGUCAUGGUUAUAGAAGUCAGUUCAACUGAAGAUGAAGAGAGCAUCAUUUCAGAAAGUGAUAAUGUGGAAAGCUGGAUGCUACUGGGAUGUGAAGUGGAUGAUAAAGAUGAUGAUAUCCUUCUCAACCUUGUGGGAUGUGAAGACUCUGUUACUGAAGGAGAAGAUGGUGUAAACUGGUUCAUCAGUGACAAAGAUAUUGAGGCACAGAUAGGUAAUAACAGAUCAUCUGGAAGAUGGACCCACCGAUACUAUUCAGCCAACAAAAAUGUUACCUGUAGAAAUUGUGACAAAUGUGGCCAUUUGUCAAAAAACUGCCCCUUACCACAAAAAGUCCGUCCCUGCUGCCUGUGCUCGGAGAGAGGACACCUCCAGUAUGCCUGUCCGGCCCGCUUUUGUUUAGACUGUUCUUUGCCUAUGUCUUCCACUCACAGAUGUCUUCAGAGAUCUUCCUGGAAAAAAAGAUGUGAUCGAUGUGAUAUGUUGGGCCACUAUGCUGAUGCUUGCCCAGAAAUCUGGAGACAGUAUCACCUAACGAUCAAACCUGGACCACCCAAAAAGCCAAAGACUCCUUCUGGACAAUCAGCCCUAGUGUAUUGCUACAACUGUGCACAAAAAGGCCAUUAUGGACACGAAUGUACAGAAAGACGAAUGUUUAACCAGACAUUUCCAACAUCUCCAUUCAUCAUCUACUAUGAUGACAAAUAUGAGAUUCGGGAGAGAGAACAGAGAAUAAAACGAAAAGUAAAAGAACUCCAGAAAAAUGGAGAUUUCCCAAGGCCGUUCAAGAGACCUCAUAUGGAAGCAUCAGGCAGUCGGCUCCACCAUGAUAAGAAGAAGAGCCAUGCUAUGUGGAAAAACAAGUGGCCUCGAGAAAGCAAAGAAAUCCAAAAGGAAAUGAUGAAUAGGAACAGAGAGCGGGAGAAGCCCAGAAAGGGUGAUAGAUACCGUAAAGUGGAUGAGGACUUUCCCCGGGGCCCAAAAAUUCACUCUUCAGCUGGCAGUUUUAAAACCCACAAGUCUCACAAGUCUUUUCACCGUUCGUCGCAUUUCCGCAAGCCUAGAGAAGACAAGCUUUCCAAAGAGGGAAGGCGGGGAAAGCAAAAGGAGAAGGAGAGGCAUGUAGAAGAUGAGGGCAAUGAUAAUUUAUUCCUUAUUAAGCAAAGGGAAAAAAAAUCCAAGCUGUGAGAUAGCUUCUGACUUGGCUUUCCCUUUUCAUUUGGUUUUUAUGUCUACAGCAUUCUGUAUUCUCUUUGACUAAAUGCUUAAGUUUUGUUUUGUUUUCAAUUUUUUAAUUUUAGCCAUACUAGAGUUGCUAAACAAAGGCCAUGAAGAUCCCUGUUCUCUAUGAGCCCUAUGAGGGGCUUCCAAAAGUUUGUGGAAAAAUGGAAUUUAAAAAUAAUACAAGUUUUCCAUGAGCUGUUUGAAGCCCUCCUGUGUGUUCUGUUAGGUAAGAAAACAGACGGGCUUCUUUUGUUCCAGUAUGCCAUUUUUACUCAGACUCUUAGGGAGAUUAAGAAUUUAUAUUUUCAAGAGAACUUUUUAAGUAUAUUUUGAGAAAAUGUUAAUUGUAUGUAAUUCAUCGCAAUGUAUUAAAAUUAAAUCCUUGUGGGAAAAGAAGAUAAUAAGAAAAAUGCAAUGUUUUUUCAACAUUACUUUUUUUAACAUUGGAAGAGAUAUUACCUGAAAAUACAAACCCAGCUUUCUUUUCUUGCUUCUGCUGCAGCUGUUGUCAGAAUCUUCCUUUAGACAGACUAUCACAUUUUUACAUUACUAAAAAUGAAGGGAUCGUUGAAGCCCCAAAAAGGCAGGGAAUCGGGCAAUAUGGCAGCUUAGUGAGGACUCCAUCCGGUAUAAAUGUCACAAGAAAGAGUUCCUGAAACAAGUGAAAAAGAGUCAUCCGAAGUUUUAAAAAACAUAAUCACAGUGGCAUAGUUUUUAACAUUUUUGUGGCCACAUUUCAAAACUGUCACUCACAUAUAGAGAUGAAUAGUACACAAGUUAAAAAAUUAUUUUGUUUUCAUAGGUUUUUUAACUGCCACGAAGUUAUUCAAAAUUUUUUGUACUUGUGAACCUUUUAUACUUAUCAAAGCCUAAUGUUAG